UGAGCUACUGCUAUUUGGAGAAGAUGGGGUUACAGUAAUUGUAACAGUUGUGGCACUACCGUUGGAUAAUGUAAUGGUUUUAGUUGAUACUAAAGGACUGACAAUGCUAGUAGAUGGGUUGCCAGAAGAUGGGUUGCUUGAUGAUGGGUUGUGGGAUGAUGGGUUGACAGAAGAUGGGCCGACCGAAGAUGGCAUGUGUGAUGAUGAAGAUUCUGAGUUUGGAUAG